GUGGAAACCUCACUUGCACCCCGGCAGCAGUCAGAAAAGGAUACGAUCCACGGGGACGAAUCUCUGAUCCGCUCGAAUCGAGGAAUCCUUUGAUAUUUUUUUAACCGAGAAAGGAAGAGAGAGAAAGAGAAGAAGAAGCCAUGAAGUUUGGAUUGUUCUGGUUGUUCUGCCUGUUGACGGUUGCCAUCUUCACCGACAGAACCUUCGGAAGCCCCUACAUCGACGAUGAGGAAGAUUCGCUGCAGAUUGCAGAUUCAGAUUAUACAGAUAAUGCAUUAGAGAAUCUAAUGCGAGCGGCUCAACAAAAACGUACCUCGUUGAUAUAUCUGUUUAGGCGUGCCUGCAUACCACGGAGCGGAAACUGCGACCACCGGCCGAAAGACUGCUGUUACAGCUCCAGCUGCAGAUGCAAUUUGUGGGGGUCAAAUUGCCGGUGCCAACGAAUGGGUCUGUUCCAGAAAUGGGGUUAAAAAUCGACCUCAUCAAUCCCCCCUUUCUUUCUCGGCAGGAAACGUUCCUCCUUUUUAGCACGCCACGCGACUACAAUACACAAUAUUUCGUAUAAUUCGUCAAGAUUUCGUUUCAUCCCUCGGAAGAAAUCUCAUUUCUUUUUUUUUUAUUUAUUUCUUCUUUUUCUUCUUCUUUUUUCCCCAUCAUCUUGCGAAUACUCGAAUUGCGUAAGCGUUUUUUGCGUACGAAUUUUUACCAUGUCGUCUGCUGUCCCACACGGUCUAAAAAAUUUUACGCGCACGCCACGUGAUCUAGAUUUAGGAUAGGAAUUUUUAUUUGCGAUGCGUGAAAAUCUAGCAAAAUCUAGAGAAGAUAGAGCUUUCGAAUGUAUGCGUUGCGGGUGAGGGUGAGUUUUUACGGUGUCUUCCCCACGGUUUCCUUCCCUUGGUAUUUCUUCUCUGGUCAAGUCGACUUCUGAUUUUUUCCUUACGUUUCUAUUUUUCUAUUUUUUUUAUACAUCUCGUAUCUACCUCCCACGUAUACGUAUAAUACUCGAGACAAUGAAUUUUAUCUAACGUUUAUUUAUUUAUUUAAUUUUCUUCCGUUUCACAAUUGACUUAAUAUUAUUACGCUUAUCUCGUAGAAUUAACUCGUUAUUUUUAUUAAUUUUAUUUAUUUAUUUAUUUAUUUUUGUAUUUAUUAAUUUGUACUUUUUUCUUUUUUUUUAUUUCUACCUUGAGUUGAAAACCUUACUUACUUCGAGGCCUUGCGCAAUUUAUCAGUCAAAACGAAAACCCCAAACGAUAAAACGAAGCGUAAUAGAAGAAACGAACGAACGAAGAUCGGACUGAGAAUUUACUUAUCUUCCUCGAUGUUCAUUUUAUUCUCCGCGAGAGACGUGGAAUAGAGAAUAAAAUUACGGGAAUUAACAAAGCGGUCCAUACGUUUUAAGAAUUAUAUUCCGCUGUAACACGAUGAUAAUAAAUACGAACGAACGGUGUAACGAUAAAUUGUGAAUCCCUUGAGAGAAGAAGAGAUGUCUGAGCGCAAAGAGAUCGCUAUACACACAUACAUAUAUAUAUAUAUAUAUAUAAAAACAAUUUUUGAAAAUUAAAAUUCCAGUGGUCUUAACUUGAUCCAUGAUAUUUAUUUUCUUUUUCCAAAUUUCAUUCAAUCGUUGCAAAAUCUUUCUGUUACUCGCGAGAGAGAUAUAUUUAUCCGCAUUAUUUUGAUAUAAUUAAACACCAAUGAUAUAAAAAUUGUAUAAAACUAAUGUUAGCUCAGACGGACGAAGUUAUAAUAAGGAAUAAAUUUUUUGAUCAGGCUCGAUUCUAUGCUAAAUAAAACAGGCUGUAAUCCUCUUCGAUGGGAUGAUGAUUUGAAAAUUGGGAAGGAUCGAUGAAUUCGAUAGCAAAAUUUUUAUAGGCAUAGCUAGUGUAUACCGAUCUCUGAUCGGUUAUUUUUGCUCUAGUCAGUUUUAUCGAUUUCUUUUUCGUUCAUCGUUCGUCGAGGAUGAUCACGGCCGAUUAGAAUAAUCGAA